AUGAAAAACGCCUGCAUUGUCCUGCUGGUUGCGGUCUUGGUGUUCAGCGAGGCCUGCGAUAUCAUCAUCAAGGUCAAAUCGCAAACCGACAAAAAGUUUAAAGCCCAGGUCACAUCGCCGAACGGGAAAAAGAGCGAUAAGUGAGUCAUGAAAAAUACAUAAAAUCACAUCAAUUUUUAUUCGAAUUUUAAUUUGCAAACUAAUUUUUGAAAAAGAAAAUUUGAAAGUUUGUAAAAUACCUUGGUGGAUGUUUUUUGAAAUUUCACGAAUUUCAGAUGGUCCUUCACCAAGAACCGUCAACAGGAGCGUUUCCAAGAGAAGGCCAGCGAAUGCGGGCUGGGCGAAUUUGUGCUGCAAGUGUACGACGAGGCUGGAAAAGAGGCGCAGAGCGCUAAGGCAAGUGAUAUUAUAUACUAGGCUCGAAAAAACUUUUGGCGUGUACAGUGGCGGACCUGAUCCAGUGGCAAGUACCAUUUUGCAUCCGGGAAGUAUCAAAAAUGUAGAAAAAUGCCUCCCUCUCCAAGCGAAAAGACUUCGUCUUGAAGGGCGCCUCACGUCAAACUGAGAUAAGCUAAAACAGUCCAGUAAAUGGAUUGGCAAUUUGCCAAAAAAAGACGCGAAAAAACGUUUUGUCGGGUAAGAAAUGGGGAAUUUUUGGGGCGAGAGAGUACGUUUUUGCGUGUCUUUUUUCUCUCUUUCUCUCCGAAAUCAAGACAAAGUGUAAAAAACCGAUAGCGAAGAGUCUAUUCCGGUCCCCGGACUCCUCAGUUUGACGUGCGCCUCACAAAAAGAGCGGGCGCGUUUUUGAAAUCGGAUUUUUUCACUUGGAGAGGGAGGUAUUUUGCCACUUUUUCUGAUACUUCCUGGAUGCAAAACGUUACCGUUUUUGCCACUGGAUCAGGUCCGUCGCUGUCCAUCUCAGUUUGUCGGGAAAAUAAUGAGCACAGUGUCGAUGCGCCAUCGCGUCGCUGAAUGGGAAAAGCAAAUUGAUUUUUCUACGAUAUAUACAAUUCAUUUUCCCGGCGACGCUGCGACAAGUCCACAUUAUUUUCCCGACAGACUGAUAUUUACACUGUUCGGUCGGUAUCGCGAAGUGGCUUUCAACGCACUGUGCGGUUCGAUUUUUGGCCUUGUUUCAUCUCAAAAGUUUAUUCUUCAAAAAAAGCGUUGUAAAAUACGGUAACAGGGAUUAAGAAUCGCCAUUUUUUGGCCUCCAAUUCAAUUUUUCGUUUCUUUUUUUGGUCAAAAUUUUUUUUUAUUUCCAGGUAACCCUCAACGGAAUCGGCAGUGUUCUGUACCACGUUGGAGAUGACUUGAAGCCAACUCAAGUUGAGCGACAAGGAGCGAUUUGCAACGGGCAAUGCGCUCCGUUGGCCCAGCCCGUCGAUCACAGCAAGAGCCGACCAAACUCUCCAGUCAAUACCCCAUCUGCUUAA